AUGAAUAGUAAAGUUUUCACCGUUGUGAACUUUAUUUUCAAGUCGCUUCUCGUCUUUUGUGAUGCAGUGCCAUUAAUGCAAAAAUUCUACGAUGCUCACGAAGUCAUAAUAAAAGCAGCAAGCAACCUUCUAAUCCUGAUAAUGCCCUGUUAUUUUUUAUGGUUUCAAAAACUUCCUGCUUCCUCAAUUGAUAUUUCCCCAUCCACGCAACAACCUAUCCGCAAGUCUCAUAUUUAA